AUGUCCGACGAGAAUCAGAACGGCGCCACGGGCGCCAAGCCAAAGAAGCAAAUACUCCUCAACGCCUUUGACAUGUUCACCGUGGGACACCUGUCCUUCGGCCAAUGGCGGAACCCCAAGGACAGGGCCAAGGACAAGCGCCGGGAUCUCACGUAUUGGACCGACCUCGCCAAGCUGCUCGACAAGGGAGGGUUUGUCGGCCUUUUCCUGGCCGACACGUACGGGCCGUACGAUACCCGGCUAAGCGUGUUGUUCCAAACUUCCAGAUACAAAGGCAGCGCGGAGCCGUCAGUCCGGACGGGCGCUCAAUGGCCGAUGGCUGAUCCCGUCAUCCCCGUCUCGGCGAUGGCUGCUGUGACCAAGAACCUGGGCUUUGCCAUCACGACGUCGACUUCGUACGAGCAGGCCUACGUCGUCGCCAAGCGAUUCAGCACUCUCGACCACCUAACGAAAGGUCGCUUCGGGUGGAAUAUCGUGACGAGCUGGAAGGAAUCGGCGUCCAAAGCAGUGAGUGUGCUUUGUGAACCCGAGAAUUCUGACCGUUCUAAUACAUCUGUCAACCACAAGGUCGGUUUGCCGCUGGUAGAACACGACACACGCUAUGAGAACGCAGACGAGUAUCUUCGGGUCUUGUAUAAACUAUGGGAAGGGUCCUGGUCAGAUACGGCACUGGUAGAAGACGCUGAGAAGGGGAUUUACUCCGACUACUCCCAGAUCCGCCCAAUCCAUCACCACGGCAAAUUCCACGUCGAUGCUCCCUUCCUGACGGAUCCGUCUCCCCAACGCACCCCGGUCUUGUUUCAAGCCGGGACAUCUCCGGCCGGCAUAAAAUUCGGCUCAACCCACGCUGAGGGCAUCUUCGUAGCCGGCCUCUCCCCCCACGUCGUCGCGCCCAGGGUGAAGGCCAUCCGCGAGGGCGCCAUCGCCGCCGGCCGGGACCCGUAUUCGGUCAAGGUCUUCGCCAUGAUCACGCCCAUCAUCGGCCGGGACGAGGACGACGCGCGGCGCAAGUACGACGAGGCCCUGCGCCACGUGCUCGACGUCGCGGGCAACCUGCAACGCAUCCACUCGUCGCUGUACAACCUGCGCUACCGCGGCGACGACGUGCCGAGGCUGACGCCGCGCAACCUCGGCACCGUCGCGGCCAUCGGCGGCAACGGCGCGAUGCCGGUCGGCACGGCGGCGCAGGUCGCCGACGUGUUCCAGGAGUGGAUCGACGUCGCCGACGUGGACGGCUUCAACAUCGGCUACGUCAUCACACCGGGAAGCUUCGAGGACGCCGUCGAGUAUCUCGUCCCCGAGCUGCGGAGCAGGGGUCUCCUCCCGGAGCCGAUACCCGAGGGCGGUCCGGCACCGACCUUCCGGGAGCAGAUUUACGGGCCGGGACAGAAGGGGUUGAGGUCCGACCACCCGGGCUACAAGUACAAGUACGACACGUACGAGCAGGCCGUUGCCGAGGAAGAAGCUGCCAAGGCCCUCUCUGCCGAACAGAAAGCGUGA